GCAUAGUAAAAGAUGUAAAAGUUUUUAACAAUAAGUAAUGAGAACCAUGACGGAAGCAAAUAUUCAUAACAAAUUUUUGAGAUGAUAAUCCGAUGCUCUUUUAACAACAAUCAGCAACGCAAGUUAUUGUCAGUCAAUUUAUUUUCUUGAAAGCGGUUUGUGGUAAAAAGUUUAAAAUGGCCAACAUCAAUGAAGAUGAAAUUGACGAUAUUAGAGAAAAGUUUGACCUUUUUGAUAAGAUUGGGGACGGAAAAAUUUCAGAUGUUCAAAUUAUUGAUGUUCUUCGGGCGUGCGGCUUAAACCCACUUACUAAUGAUGUCGAAAAGAUCAAGAAAGAUUCAUCCUUGGUUGGAAAACGUAUUGACUUAGAAACUUUUUGUCCAAUUUAUGAACAAAUAGCAAGUAUGUCUGGUCAAGCAACGUAUGAAGAUAUGGUUGAAGCUUUUAAAACCUUUGACCGCGACCAGACAGGAACAAUUUCAGCUGGUGAAUUGCGUCAGUUGCUUGUAAAUUUAGGUGAUACAUUAACAGAAGAGCAAGCGGACGUAAUUGUUCAACCACACGAAGAUGAAAAAGGUGCGGUUUCUUACCACCAAAUAAUUAAACACCUCAUGGCGUCAUAAUUAGUAUACUUGUUGUAAUUAUAUGUUUAAGUUGAUAGUUCAUUUAA